CUCGGCUGUCAAUGCCGAUUUUUUGCUCGCUUUUCAACUCGGCUGGCCCAGAUUGACCCUUCGUAAUAAUAUCAGACCCUCGUUUAUUAUCACUGCUUUUCCGUCUUGGGCUUUUACAUGUAACGUUUGUUCGGGAGUCGCUAAGAGAAAAAUAUCCCGCGAUCUACGACUUCCCCGGGCCAACGACCUCCUUUUGCCACGGUGCACAAGCCAAACAGAGACUUAAUGCUCUAAUUUCUACCGUUUUUGGUCGAUAGAAUCAACCUGAGCAGCGAUUCACCGUCGUACCACCAACCCCCGGCAGGCAUGACUGGCUCCGUCGCUGGCGAGGCGACUCUGCCAUCGCGCAUCAACUGCUUCCGGCUGGUGUUCGACCAGAAGGUGGUUACGCAGGAAAUCGCGAACUACCCAUAUGAUGGCUCCGGCACCGAGGAAGACCCGUACGUGGUCAUCUGGAUCCCCAACGACCCUCGCAACCCCAUGAACUUCGGGGCUGUUCGGAAAUGGUCCUACACGUUCCUGGUCUCGUUCAUCACGCUUACCACUGCUCUGGUCUCGUCUGCCUACUCGGGCGGAAUGACCCAGAUCGUCGAGGAUUUCGGCUGUGAGCAAGAAGUCGCCAUCCUGGGCAUCUCGCUGUUCGUGCUGGGCUUUGCCUUCGGACCUCUAAUCUGGGCGCCCAUGAGUGAAACUUUCGGUCGUCGGCAUAUAUUCACCAUCACGUACUUUCUCAUGACGGCGUUCAAUGCCGGCGCGGCGGGUGCCCAGAACAUCCAGACGCUGAUUAUCCUGCGGUUCCUGGCGGGUUUCUCCGGCUCGUCGGCCUUUGGAAACGGUGGCGGGAGUAUCAGUGACCUUUUCCCUGCGGCGCAACGAGGCAUUGCCAUCAGCCUGUUUGCUGCAGCGCCGUUGUGUGGGCCGACUGUCGGACCGGUCAUCGGGGGGUUCUUGGGCUCUGGAGCCGGAUGGCGCUGGGUCGAAGGUUUCAUGGCUGCGUUUUCGGGUGUCGUGUGGCUUUCGGUCUGCUUCUUUUUGCCCGAGACAUAUGCUCCCGUUCUUCUGCGUCGAAGGGCCGCCAAAUUAUCAGAGCUGAACGGAGGAGUCUAUCGCAGCAAGCUAGAUAUUGAGCGCGGCCGAGUGCCGCUAACAAAAACGCUCUCAACGGCGCUCUCGCGGCCCUGGCAGCUCCUCUUUCGAGAGCCGAUUGUUCUCCUGUUCUGCAUCUAUAUGGCCAUCAUCUACGGAACCUUGUACAUGCUGUUCGCCGCCUUCCCGAUUGUCUACCAGGAGGGUCGUGGCUGGAGCGAGGGUGUUGGAGGCCUGGCCUUCAUGGGCGUUUUGGUUGGAAUGGUGCUCGCCGUGCUCUACACGAUUCCUGACAACCUGCAUUACGCCAAAUUAUGCCGACAAACCACGGGGCGACUGGCCCCGGAGGUUCGACUGCCUCCCAGUAUCGUCGGGGGUAUCGCUCUGCCCAUCGGACUGUUCUGGUUCGCCUGGACCAACUCCCCUUCCGUCCACUGGAUGGCCUCCGUCGCUGCCGGCGUCCCCUUCGGAUUUGGCGAGGUGCUCGUCUUCCUCAGUGUCUUCAACUACCUGAUCGACGCCUAUACUAUCUUCGCGGCCUCCGUGCUGGCGGCGAACUCGUCCUUACGAUCGCUCUUUGGCAUGGCCUUCCCUCUCUUCACCACCUACAUGUAUAAUAACCUGGGCAUCCACUGGGCGUCGUCAAUCCCCGCGUUCCUGGCCCUCGCUUGCGCGCCCUUCCCAUUUCUCUUUUACUGGUAUGGCGCGGGGAUUCGCAAGAAGUGCGUUUAUGCUGCCGAGUCAGAGGCGUUCAUGCAGCGUCUCGCAGAAAUGCAGAACAAGCCUGCGCGUGCUGCCCAGCCCACCGAGGAGAAGAAGGCGGGCCCUGGAGAGCAGGCCGGGCAGGAAGAGCCUGAUGAAUCCAGCGAUAGCGAUACGGAUAGUCUCUCGACAAUCCAGUCGGAGGGUGUCAUGGAACGACGGGCUUCUCGAGCCAGUAGACAGUCAGCUCGUUCGGGACGGUCGUUGGCUCGAACGGCAACGCAAUAUGAGGAGAAUCCGUAUGAUAUUGACCGGGUCAAUACGCGGAACUCGGCGAUCAGUGGACGGAGGAAGAAAUAGAGGAGAUCCCCGCCAAGCACCUAGGGCUUAUCCUCUGCAUGAGCGAUGAGAUCAGGGUUGGACGGCCAAAAAGUACUGUACAGCGGUG